CAGGGCUGCCCCCAGCUCCGUCCCGCGCAUGCCUAUUCAAGAGUGAGCGCGGAAAGCUGCGUGUGGGAUUCCGGUUUGGCGGCCUGAGCUCACCUUUCCCAGGGCAGAAAAACCGUGUGCGUUAGGCGGGGCGCUCGCAUGUGCCAGUUUUUACUGUGAGUUUCAAAAUCCAUAAUGGAACCUAAGAAGGAAAAAACUCUCAAAAGGCACCUGGAAUCCAUUUACGUUGACCUUGCAUUAAGUUCCAAAAGACUGCAACUCUUCUCCUUCAACCUCUGCACUGACUUCAACCCCCACCAUCAAUCCAGUGCUCCAGGGAAGAUGGACCCCUUUAGCACCAAGAAUCUGGCUCUUCAAGCUCAAAAGAAGCUCCUGAGCAAGAUGGCCUCAAAGAACAUGGCGAGUAUGUUCAUCGACGACACCAGCAGCGAGAUCCUGGACGAAUUGUAUCGGGUCACCAAGGAGUUCACCCAUAACCGCAAGGAAGCCCAGAAGAUAAUCAAGAACUUGAUAAAGAUUGUCAUGAAGCUGGGCUUCCUCCACCGCAACAGGCAGCUCAGUGCAGAGGAGCUGCUGCUGAUGAAGCACUUUCGAAAGAAGGUCCACACCUUGGCUAUGACAGCCGUUAGCUUCUACCAGAUUGACUUCACGUUUGACUGCCAGGUCAUGUCCAACAUGCUGCAGGAGUGUCGUGAGCUGCUGCACAGUGUGGUCAACACACACCUGACGGCCAAGUCCCAUUCCCGAAUCAACCACGUCUUCAACCACUUUGCGGACUACGAGUUCCUCUCUGCGCUGUAUGGGUCCUCAGAGCCUUACCGCUCUCACCUGCAGAGAAUCUGCAACGGGCUCAGCCAGAUGCUGGAGGAAGGCAACAUCUGAUGAGCUCCAGGCCUGUCCACCUUCGUACGCUUUCAGACCUUAGCCAAGGGAACGCUGGGGAACGGCCGUUGCUUGGCUGGUUGGGUGUCUGUUGGGGCCCUUCUGUCUUUGUACAGUGCUAAGUCACUUGCAAUUCCCUUUUGGUUUGGGUCGUGUUUCCAAACUAGGGUUGUGCUGUUUGAAUUAGUAUUCCUGGUUUAGCUUGGUGGCCACUUGGGUUUAUUCCACUCGCCCCUCUUCCUUGAGCUUCCCAAAAUGAGCUGGUUCCUGCAAAGACUUUCCUUUCCCACCAGAUAGAAGGUAGCUGUCCCAGGCAAACUGAAAGCAACUGUGGAUUUAAAUCCGGCAUUCUCUAGAAGAGAAGAUGGACUUCACCCGAUCGAUCAGACAACAGAUAUACUUACUCUUUCUGGUAUUGGUAUUUCGACUGUGGCGGAGCAGCUUCAUCAUGCUCUGAAUUUAGAGUUCAUAUCAGGGUCAGAAAGGAUUGCUAAGAACUUUUUUCUCUAUCAGCCUUGUUUGGUCUCAAACCAAAGAACCUUUUCAUCUGGCAUCCUGAUUACACUUUCAAGAGACCUUUGCAAAGCUUCUGGCAUGGCAAGCAGGGGAUGCCCACUUCCGGUUGCUCAGCCUCUCAGACCACAAGAGAUUUGGUGGUAGACUCUCUGAGUCCAUGGAGGCUCUAUCGAUUUGCACAAAUGCAUUUGUGCAAACUUACACUUCCCAAAAUAUGCAGCUCCUAUCCGAAGAUGCAAAUCUCCCUAGAAUGCAUAUUUUCACUAAAAAUUGAAAAUGGACAUUUCUGUAUUUGGGGAGUAUACUUUUCUACCACUAAAAAUGCACAAAAUUAAGGAAAAAAUUGAAAAGUCUGCAGAUUCAUGGAAUCGCAGUUUGCCAGAAUAUCUCUGGGUUGCAUUCCUAGAAAUUCUUCCAUUCCACCAGCAGUCAAUCCAGCUUAAAUCUGAAUCCAUCCCACAGUCUGUAUUACCUUGGCCAAAACUUUUCAGGGUUUGAAUUCCACCCCUGGGCAGGACAUGAAACCAAAGCAGGCAGAGCUGCAAUUGUGUCUUUUGUUUACUCUGGAUGCAAUGACACACGCCCAGAACCCUGUUCAGCAAAGUUUUCCCCAUGUUCAGCAAAGUUUUCCCCAUCUGUGUUUACUCUGGGGACAAAAUGGGAUGAGAUAAUAUCACAAGCCCACAGCAAAGUCUGUAAAGUGCACAGCAGGCAAAGUGUGUGUGUAGGUACAGUCAAGAGGAAGUCUGGUUUGGGAAGCCUGCACUUGGUGCCCACAACAAACCACAAAGUGCGUACAACACACCAUUCUACUGCAGUCCUCAUUCAUGUGCACGCAACCUCAUUCAAACAACUACAAUUUAUGGCAGGCAAAGGGUUGGACACGCAGACUUGCUUAGAUCCAUCCCGUCUCUGUUUGCAGAUCUACAUGCACCCUUCACUCCAUCAGUCGCUCUGUGAUGGAAUCGGAUUUUGCACAAAUGCGUUCAUACACACUCUUAAAAGUGUGCAGAUCCCCCAUACUAAACUAAUCCUCAAACAAUGUGCAUUUUCAUGUUUUAGACUAUGGGGUAAAUGCACAAUUUUGGUUAGUUUUUCCCCUGCAACUAAAUUUGUGCAAAAUUAUGAUAGCAGGGAAAAAAGAGUGGUCUGCAGACCUGUGGAAUCUGCAUAGUUCAGGAAAAGCUGAGGAAUCUGUGGACUGCAUUUAUAGAAAUCCAACUCAUUUGAGAUUAUAUAUCCCUCGGGGCAAGAAGGUGGCUUUGUUCCAACCUUAACUGGAUUCUUACUGGGAAAAGGAAGUGCCAGAACUGUGGGCAAAACUCAUCCACUGGGCCAAGCCGUGCUUGGCUCAACUCACAUAAUGAAGAUUCCUAGUAGUAAAACUGAUGUCUUUGAUUCCAGACCGGUGGGGAGUGGGGGGCAACAUCUGUGUAGGAAAUGUGACAACAUCUGUGUCCUGCCCCUGCACAACUUGCUGUUCCCUAAUCAGCACACAGGACUAGGUCCUGUAACGAAAUGUUGCAGCGCAAAGCGCUCUUGUUCGCUGUUUCUGCCGGUCAACCUAUUUUCCUCCACAGUUCUCCAUUCCGAUUUUUGUCCACCUGUUAGCAUUUCAUGACUGCUGAGUAUGUGCAGCAGUCUCUGGAUUGCUUUUGGGGAACACCCCGCAACCACUCAAGGAUCUCUUUCUAAAACAAAUACCCUUCUGCAAAGCUCAUGAUGAGCAACCCUGCUGAGCGGUUCUGUUUUUGGCUGGGUGGUGCUGUUUUGGCAGUGUAAGCAUCAGUUUUCAUGCCAGAGCAUCAGAAAAAGAGAAUUAAUUCUGCAACUGUCUCUGGAAACAAGGGCUGGAAAAAUCAAAUAGGACCAAUAGCAGUGCUUUGAUGUGAAAAGGGGGAAGUUCCUGGAAGCAAAGCCAUUACUUUCUGUCUGUCUCCAAGAAAACCCUUUCUUUUUGAAACUGACUUUGACAAGUGUCUUUUUUGAAAGCUCCAAGUAGCUAGUCCUCAGGGCUGCAAAGAUGAACUUCAGAUAACAUGAGCAUAAUGUUAAGGGAUGGCGUGCAGGAGCUUUGGCUCAACAGACUGUCAUCCUUCAUUUUGAGAUGCGCAAUGAUGCAAAAGGGCCACAACACUUCCAGUGCUGACUGUAGCUUGUAGUUAGAACAAGUGGCUUGGCUAUUUUUUAAAAUACCUACAUAAAAUUAGUUGAGGGGGCAAGGGAAAGCCAUAUUUGCAGAUAUGAAAUAAAGCUAUUUUUAAAACUG